AUGGCGUCGUCUCUACGAACAGCUGCAUCCCUUGUGCUAAUUACUCCAUCCUCCCAUGUCCUUUUUAUGCUACGUCCAGCUUCUGGCUCCUUCCCCUCUACCCACGUAUUCCCCGGUGGAGUGGUAGAACCUUCCGACCCUAGCUUGUCAUACACUGCGUUUCGCGAAACAUAUGAAGAAACAGGCCUACUUCUUGGGCCUCGAGAUAUUACCAAGCCAGUAGUCCAUGCUGUUGGAGAAUAUCCAUCUUACGAUAGCGCCUUUAAACAUGUUUUUGGACUAGAAACACCACCCAAGUCUGAUGCCUCGGAACCAGAUAAAUCUACAGGAACUUGGAAAUCAUGGUGGACCCCAGAAAAUGAAAAGUCUAAGUUGGACCUCGACCGCUUUUCCAACUGGACUACCCCAGAACAUCUCCCCAAACGCUUUGCCACCCAGUUUUACCUUUACAGAGUCCCACAAGCCUUCCAAUUCCCUGAACUGCCACCCUUGUCAAGUGCUCCUGUAAGCAUAGAAGAGCGCGCAAAAGAACCAGGGAAUGGUGUGCUGGGCACUGCACGAGAAGUGGAAAAACUUGAAUGGCUGACACCUUGGGAAGCCUUAACACAGUUCCAAAAGGGCAAGAUUAAGCUUAUGCCACCACAAUAUUACCUCAUGAACCUGCUAUUUGAAGAAGGCAUCGAUAAGGCAAUUGAAAAGGUUCAUGACCGUGUCAUUACUCCUAAGAUUGUCGAAAAACUGCCAGAUGGUAAAGUAAAGAUGGAUUGGGGCCGUGGAGAGUUUGGACUUAUCAAGUUUGGCAAAAAGAAUGUGGUUGACGAAAUUGAAAUACUUCGAACCAAGCUUUAA